AGAAAAAGACACUCGAAGAGGAGAAGCUACAGCUCACUUUCUAAUAAAAGGGUUUUUAAGAUCCAUUAUGAUGGGUUUGGGGGAAGUGUUGCCACAGCUUCUGCUGCUGGCCACAGUUGUCAGCUUCGCCAAGACCUCACCCUACACCAGCUACCAAAACCAGAGGUUCGCCAUGCAGCCCCAGGACCAGACCGCCGUGGUCGGUGCCAGGGUCACACUACCCUGCCGGGUGAUCAACAAACAGGGCACCCUCCAGUGGACCAAGGACGACUUCGGACUGGGCACCUCCCGGGAUCUGAGCGGUUUCGAACGAUACGCCAUGGUGGGCAGCGAUGAGGAGGGCGACUACUCGCUGGACAUCUAUCCGGUGAUGUUGGACGAUGAUGCCCGGUACCAGUGCCAGGUCAGUCCCGGACCAGAGGGUCAGCCACCCAUCCGUUCGACCUUUGCCGUUCUAACGGUUCUAGUUCCGCCGGAAGCACCGAAAAUCACCCAGGGAGAUGUCAUUUAUGCUACGGAGGAUCGGAAAGUGGAGAUCGAAUGUGUUUCGGUGGGCGGAAAGCCAGCUGCCGAGAUUACCUGGAUUGAUGGCCUCGGCAACGUUCUCACGGAUAACAUUGAGUAUACGGUGAUUCCGCUUCCGGAUCUGCGUCGCUAUACGGCCAAGUCCGUUCUACGGUUGACCCCCAAAAAGGAGCAUCACAACACCAACUUUACGUGCCAGGCACAGAAUACGGCGGACCGCACUUACCGCUCUGUGAAAAUACGUGUCGAGGUUAAAUAUGCCCCCAAGGUAAAGGUUAAUGUUAUUGGCUUGCAUCCCGGAGGAGCAGGUGUCUCUUCCACCAGUACCAGUACCAGUACCACAUCCUCCUCCACCACCAUGGGGGGAUCUCGGAUUGUGGAGCAUUCGCAGGUGCGUUUAGAGUGCCGGGCAGAUGCGAAUCCCGGUGAUGUACGUUACCGUUGGUUCAUCAACGACGAACCGAUCAAUGGCGGCCAAAAGACUGAAAUGGUGAUACGCAAUGUAACGCGAAAAUUCCAUGAUGCCAUUGUCAAGUGCGAGGUACAGAAUUCCGUGGGCAAGAGCGAGGAUAGCGAGACUUUGGAUAUAAGCUAUGCCCCCAGUUUCCGGCAACGUCCUCAGUCCAUGGAAGCCGAUGUCGGCUCUGUCGUCUCCCUCAACUGUGAGGUGGACAGCAAUCCCCCCGCCGAGAUCGUUUGGAUCCAACAUCCCAGUGACCGGGUCGUCGGCACCAGCACCAAUCUCACCUUCAGUGUCAGCAACGAGACAGCUGGCCGCUAUUAUUGCAAAGCCAAUGUGGCCGGUUAUGCCGAAAUAUCAGCCGAUGCCUAUGUCUAUCUGAAGGGCUCUCCCGCCAUCAGUUCAUCCAGAUCCCAGUACGGUCUGGUGGGGGAUACCGCCAGGAUCGAGUGUUUCGCUAGCAGUGUGCCCAGAGCUAGGCAUGUCUCGUGGACAUUUAAUGGUCAGGAGAUAAGCUCAGAAUCGGGUCAUGACUAUUCCAUACUGGUGGAUGCUGUGCCGGGGGGUGUCAAGAGCACUCUCAUCAUCAGGGACAGUCAGGCGUACCACUAUGGCAAGUACAACUGUACAGUGGUCAAUGACUAUGGCAACGAUGUGGCGGAAAUUCAACUUCAAGCUAAAAAGAGCGUCUCCCUGCUAAUGACCAUCGUGGGCGGCGUUUCGGUGGUGGCUCUGCUCCUCGUCCUCACCAUCCUCAUCGUGGUCUACAUCCGCUGCAAGAAGCGCACCAAGCUGCCACCUGCCGACGUCAUCAGCGAGCACCAGAUCACCAAGAACGGAGGCGUCAGCUGCAAGCUGGAGCCCGGCGAUCGGACCUCCAACUACAGUGACUUGAAGGUGGACAUAUCGGGGGGAUAUGUGCCCUAUGGGGACUAUAGCACCCACUACAGUCCCCCACCCCAAUACUUGACGACCUGCUCGACGAAAUCCAAUGGCAGCUCCACCAUCCUGCAGAACAACCACCAGAACCAGUUGGUGGUGCAACAACAACAGCAACAGCAACAACAUCAGCACCACACCCAGACCUUGCCGAUGACCUUCCUCACGAACAGCAGUGGCGGCAGUUUAACCGGCAGCAUCAUCGGCUCGCGGGAGAUCCGGCAGGAGAACGGCCUGCCCAGCCUCCAGUCCACCACCGCCUCGGUGGUUAGCUCCUCGCCGAAUGGCAGUUGCAGCAAUCAGAGCACCACCGCCACCACCACCCAUGUCGUGGUGCCCAGUUCCAUGGCUCUGAGUGUGGAUCCCCGCUAUAGCGCCAUCUAUGGUAAUCCAUAUCUGAGGUCAUCCAACUCCUCCCUGUUGCCACCACCCACUGCCGUUUAAACCACCCCCCCACCCCCGCUCCUAUUUGCACCACCCCCUUGGGAGUUUCUAAAAAAAAAAAAAAAAGCCACUCUAAGACUGAUCUCAAAGGACUCGAAGGCUUGGAUAUCACUUGAAGGCUGGGGGUUGGUGCAAAAAUACACUUAAAAAAAUAAAACACUUCUUUCUGCUACCAAAAAAUCGAAGAUAGAAUUGCUUAAGUUUAGGAUUUUAGCUCACACAUCUGAUUAAAA